UUUACAGGACACACACACAGGGAGGCUUUGACUCUGGAAUAUCUCCUACAGUAUCUGUCUGUAUAUGAAUGAACCGAUUCUCCUCUGUAACCUUGGAAAAUGGUGGGACUCUCAUCCACUGCUGUUGAGGCGAUGGAGGUGUUGGUGAAUGAGCUGGGAGUACUGCUGAAGAUGCUGGACGAGGAGAACCUCAGCUCAUCCACCCAGGAGAAGAAGACCUCAGUGUGGAACCUCCUGCAGCAGAUACAGCCAUCAGUGUCAGGAACAGACUACAUCUACAUGAACUCAGCGGUUUACAGAAACGGCACCAGCUUUGUCGAGUCCCUCUUUGAGACAUUUGACUGCGAGCUUGGAGACCUAAAGGACGCUACAGACGAUAUGAAAGAGGAGAAGAACACCCAAACUGACACUUUAAAACAGCAGAGCUGUGCAGACUCCCCAGCCACGCACUCAGCUGACUCUCCUCCCCCUCUGCCCACAACACCUCCUCCUGAGGAGUAUUAUGAGGAGGCAGUACCCCUCAGUCCUGGCAAGAUGCCUGAGUACAUCAUCACACGAGUCAGGCCCAGCCCUCCCAACUCGAUAGAGGAUGGCUAUGAAGAUGCUGAAAACAACUAUCCCACUACCUGCAUUAAUUCACACCGUAAAAACUCCUACAAUGAUUCUGACGCUCUGAGCAGUUCCUAUGAGUCAUAUGAGGAGGAUGAGGAGGAGAGGAGCCCCGGCGUCCGACUCACCCAUCAGUGGCCCUCGGAUGAGAGCUCCAUGCCUCCUGCCAGAGACUGUCGCAUCUGUGCCUUCCUGCUGCGCAAGAAACGCUUCGGCCAGUGGGCCAAACAGCUCACUGUCAUACGGGAGAACAGACUGCAGUGCUAUAAGAGUUCUAAGGACACGUGCCCGUAUGUGGACCUGCUGCUGCCCCAGUGCGCUGUGGUCUACGCACCCAAAGACAGCAAGAGGAAGCACCAUGAGCUCCGGUUCACUUUACCCAAUGGAGACGCACUGGUGCUGGCGGUGCAAAGCAAGGAACAGGCCCACAGAUGGCUUAGGGUUGUUAGAGAGGUGAGCGGCCAGAGCACAGGGCCUGAGGAAUCUGCAUCUCCUAUCAUUCCAAGAAAAACUGAACUUGACAAGAGGUUAUCUGCAGAGAGGAACACAUCAGAUUCAGACAGUGUGGGUGUGUCAACUGGAGAUAACUGCAGAGAGAAUGGUAAGGUGAAACGAGGAGCUUUUGCUGCAGGCCGUAAAAUCACACGAAUCAUCAGCUUCUCCAAGAAGAAGUCCCCUCGGCCAGGUGAUCCCCGGACGUCCUUCAACGACCCUCGACAAGGCUACCUGUCAGUGCUGGUGAACCAGGUGUGGCGGGAACAGUGGUGUUGUGUGUGCAGAGGCUCCCUGCACUUCUACCAUGACAAAGGAGACUCUCGGACCUCCCUGCCUUCCCUCCCCCUCCACAGCUGUGAGGUGGUGCCGGGGCUCGGACCCAAACACCCGUUUGCGUUUCGAAUCCUACGCAACAGCACAGAGGUGGCUGCUCUGGAGGCUAGCAGCUCUGAGGAACUUGGAAGGUGGCUUGGUGUCCUCUUGGCAGAAACAGGCUCUGCGACAGGCCCAGAGUCACUGCAUUACGACUAUGUUGAUGUGGAAAUCAUUGCUAAUAUCUGCGACGCUGCGCGGCAUUCCUUCCUGUGGGCCACCUCCUCCAGCAGUACCUCCACAGACUCCAGAACAUAUGAUGAGGUCCCUAAUGAGGAUAUGCAGUCAGGGGAGAACCGCAGGCAGCAGUCUGGGAAUCAAGGAAAGCGGCGCUCAAGUUUCUCAAGCAGCGACUCUGACAGAACCAAACCAUUAGUUUCCCUCAAGCGAACAGGCUCAAAUGCCAACCAGUAUGGAAGGUAUGGGAAAACGCGAGCAGAGGAGGAUGCCAGGCGUUACCUGAAAGAAAAAGAGGAGCUGGAGAGGGAGAGGGAUGGGAUACGAAAUGCAUUAGUGACCCUCCGACAGGAGAAGAGAGAGCUGAAGGAAGAGCUAAAGACGGCCUCUGAAAAGAGAAAGUCCUCCCUGAACAAGCGCAUUUCCCAGCUGGAAGAAACCUGUCGGGCUAAGGAGGCAGAAAGGGUGGACCUGGAGCUCCGACUGACUCAGGCCAAGGAAAACCUCAAGAAGAGCCAGGCAGGUGGGGCACUGGGGGCACCGGUCGAGGCUAAACCACCCGUUAAGGCCUCCGACAGAAAGAGCCAGAACAUCUACAGUGAGUCCUUACCAGUGAAUUGUGCCUCAGAAAUGCGAAGGAGACCUCCAUCUGUUUAUGCGUCCUCUUCAGGAACUGUCAUGCAGAAAGCAAAGGAAUGGGAGUCUAAGAAAGGAACCUAAGAGCAGCAUCAUGAAAAGGACUGUUGUAUAUCAGGAUGUGAUUUUUGAGAACUUUAAUCCCAUUACGGAUGACCUCCCAUCUACAUUCCGAAACACAAACCUGUUUCAUAGGUCUGCCAAGGAAGUAAACUAUAAUGAAAGAAAGCAGCCACUAGGUGGAGGUACAUCUCACUGAAUAUUUACUCUUCUGUCUUCUUAAAAGGACUUCUCCAAAUGUGAGGAAUUUAGGGACUUUCAUCUUUAUCCAAGUGUUUUCAUUGUCUGUGGCGACACAGAUUCAACAGAAGAGAGCGAAAUCAGGGCGUAUGAAAGAAAGAUACAAGAAAAGUGUAUUAAAAAGCACAGUGAGUACGUAGAAAGCAGUGUUGUAACAGAAAAGCAACAUAGGAUUGUGUUGGCACCAGUGCUGCAUCACCUGAAAGGUUAAAUUGUGAAUGUGCCACGUGGGAAACGACAACCUAAGAAAUGUGAUGUGUUGGAAAAUAAGAGGAUAGAAGGCAGUUUAAGCCAUGAUGUGCCUUUUAUAUGACAUAAUGUUUUUUGUUCUGCCUGUACAUAUUGAGCCAUGACUACUGUUUUGUAUGCUUUAUACUUUUAUACUGUUUCCUUUCUUAUCAUCAUCAUCGCCAUCAUAAGACAUACCUGACAGGGGUGUACAGCUGAGUGCCAUGCAUUGAUGGGUUGAGUGUAUUAUUGUCUUUUAGCUGCACUCAUUAGCUUCUCCUCCCAGGUUGAAGCUAUUCACUGAGCAUCUGCUGAAUUAUUUGGCUGGAACGAAACCCUACUUCUACUUGACCUCCUUUGGCACACUGUUGGAUACUCUUGCUAUAGAAAACUGAGUGAUUAACAAAGUGGUGUUAUUAAGUGAUACAAACCAUCUCUUCUGAGUGAGGAAAUCUCCAUUAUACGUCAUUUUAACAACGUCUCUGCUGAACCUGUGGUUGGCUUUUGCACUUUACUGUUCUCCUACCUGGAUAAGGGAAAAAUAAAUUUGUUUCUUGUUUCCCAAACAUUAGUUUUUCUGUCAUUUGACAGAUACUAAAUU